CCACCGCCGUCUCGUCCGCUCCGCGCCGCCCCACCGAGCUUCUGUGGAAGGUCGCCGUUGGCUUUGCGCAUUUCGCAGUCGUCGCCUCGCUGCUGCCCUUUCCUUUCAGCGCCACUGCUCACUCACCGCCACCGUCAGCAAAAUGAACGGGCAGCUCAACGGCUUCCACGAGGCGUUCAUCGAGGAGGGCACUUUCCUCUUCACCUCAGAGUCUGUGGGGGAAGGCCACCCAGAUAAGAUCUGUGACCAAAUCAGUGAUGCUGUCCUUGAUGCCCACCUUCAGCAGGACCCUGAUGCCAAAGUGGCUUGCGAAACGGUUGCUAAAACUGGAAUGAUCCUUCUUGCUGGAGAAAUUACAUCCAGAGCUGCUGUUGACUACCAGAAAGUAGUUCGUGAAACCAUUAAACACAUUGGCUAUGAUGAUUCUUCCAAAGGGUUUGACUACAAGACUUGUAAUGUUCUGGUAGCCUUGGAGCAACAGUCACCAGAUAUUGCCCAAGGUGUUCAUCUUGACCGGAAUGAGGAGGACAUUGGUGCAGGAGACCAGGGCUUGAUGUUUGGUUAUGCCACUGAUGAAACUGAAGAAUGUAUGCCUUUAACCAUUGUCUUAGCACACAAGCUCAAUGCCAAACUUGCUGAACUGCGCCGCAAUGGCACUUUGCCUUGGUUACGCCCAGAUUCUAAAACUCAAGUGACUGUGCAGUAUAUGCAGGAUCGAGGUGCUGUGCUUCCCAUCAGAGUCCAUACAAUUGUUAUAUCUGUUCAGCAUGAUGAAGAAGUUUGUCUUGAUGAGAUGAGGGAUGCUCUAAAGGAGAAAGUCAUCAAAGCAGUUGUACCUGCGAAGUACCUUGAUGAGGACACAAUCUACCACCUACAGCCAAGUGGCAGAUUUGUUAUUGGUGGGCCUCAGGGUGAUGCUGGUUUGACUGGCCGGAAGAUCAUUGUGGACACUUACGGUGGUUGGGGAGCUCACGGAGGAGGGGCCUUUUCAGGAAAGGAUUAUACCAAGGUGGACCGUUCAGCUGCUUAUGCUGCUCGUUGGGUGGCAAAAUCCCUUGUUAAAGGAGGUCUGUGCAGAAGGGUUCUUGUUCAGGUCUCUUAUGCUAUUGGAGUUUCUCACCCAUUGUCUAUCUCCAUUUUCCAUUAUGGCACCUCUCAGAAGAGUGAGAGAGAGCUAUUAGAGAUUGUGAAGAAGAAUUUUGACCUCCGCCCUGGGGUCAUUGUCAGGGAUCUGGAUCUGAAGAAGCCAAUUUAUCAGAGGACUGCAGCCUAUGGCCACUUUGGUAGGGACAGCUUCCCAUGGGAAGUUCCCAAAAAGCUUAAAUAUUGAAAAGUGUUAGCCUUUUUUCCCCAGACUUGUUGGCGUAGGCUACAGAGAAGCCUUCAAGCUCUGAGGGAAAGGGCCCUUCUUCCUAAAUUUUCCUGUCCUCUUUCAGCUCCUGAUCAGUUGCAGUCACUCUAGUCAAUGACAUGAAUUUUAGUUUUUGUGGGGGACUGUAAGUUGGGCUUGCUAUUCUGUCCCUGGUGUUUUGUUCACCAUUAUAAUGAAUUUAGUGAGCAUAGGUGAUCCAUGUAACUGCCUAGAAACAGACAACACUGUAGUAAAUAAUGCUUUGAAAUUGAGCCUUUGUGCCCUACCACCCAACCCCCUAAAAUCCUAAUUGCAUUGACUUUCCCACCAAACGCUGAAAAUGUCCUUGUAAUGUGCACGUAAAGUACUCGUAGUUCCAUUAUAGCUUCUGUCUGGCAAUGCCAUAGCCCUGUCAGCAUGAAUUUGUAAUGUCUUGAGCUCUAUUAUGAAUGUGAAGCCUUCCCUUAUCCUCCCUUUAACUUGAUUCCUUUCUAAUGACGUAGUUCUUUGUCAGGAGUAUUCUCUAUCCAAUCAGUCUUGCAUGUAACGCAAGUUCCAUUUGGAGCUCUAGCCUGACAUCAUAAAAAAAAAAAAAAGGGCAGUUACCAUUAAACCAUCUCCCUGGUGCUUAUGCUCUUUAACAGCCACCUCUUCAACAGCACCAAAUCCAAACCUCUCCACUGUCAGCUGUCUUUUGGAGGACGUACGUAAUAAGGUUUUUAUUUAGUAAACCAAUCCUAUGCAUGGUUUCAGCACUAGCCAAACCUCACCAACUCUUAGCUCUAGAAAAACAGGCACUUGGCACCCUUGUGAUGUCAUACAGAGAAGUCACAGGGGUGGUACCUAAGGGUCUGUAGGUUGCACACUUUGGUACCAGAUAACUUUUUUUUUUCUUUAUAAGAAAGACUGAGUACUCCACACUGCACAAUAACUCCUCCCAGGGUUUUAACUUUGUUUUAUUUUCAAAACCAGGUCCAAUGAGCUUUCUGAACAGCUGGUGUAGCUACAGAGAAACCAGCUUCCUUCAGAGAGCAGUGCUUUUGGCGGGGAGGAGAAAAUCCCUUCAUACUUGAACAUUUUCUAAUUGCUUAUUUAUUGUAUUCUGGGGUAUGGCGUAAGUACAGAGAAGCCAUCACCUCAGAUGGCAGCUUUUAAAAGUUUUUUUUUUUUUUUUUUUUUUCCUUUUUUUUUUCCUCAACACCAUGAUUCCUUUAACAUGUUUCCAGCAUUCCCAGGUAGGCCAAGGUGUCCUACAGAAAAACCUUGGGUUAGACCUACAGGGGGUCUGGCUGGUGUUAACAGAAGGGAGGGCAGAGCUGGUGCGGCUGGCCAUGGAGAAAGCUGACUUGGCUGGUGUGGUACAGAGAAGCCAGCUUGUUUACAUGCUUAUUCCAUGACUGCUUGCCCUAAGCAGAAAGUGCCUUUCAGGAUCUAUUUUUGGAGGUUUAUUACGUAUGUCUGGUUCUCAAUUCCAACAGUUUAAUGAAGAUCUAAAUAAAAUGCUAGGUUCUACCUUAACUGUGUCCAUUAUUUUUUUUUUUUUAAGAUUUGCCCUUGUCUAACAUUGUUUUCAGGUUGAUGGACUGGCUAAAAUUCAGGUGUCUUCCUAUUGCAGCAAUGUCUUAUACCCUAAGUCUGGAGUGAGUGGUAGUGUUACAUAGCCUUGGAAAUUUAGAACUUAAACCAAGCUAGUUUUAAUGUUGGAAGGGGUAUAGUAGAAAUAAGGUUUUCAGUCAGGUUGUAGUUCAGGUCACUUGUGGGUGAGGUAUUACAGUUUUAGAAGUUCUCUAAUACAGGGAUAGGUUUUUGGGCACAAUAAUAAAAUUUUUUUUAAGUGACAAAAUCACAGUGAAAAGCCUUGAGGUUCCAAAGGUUUACUCUAAAGUUCACUCUGGCAGUUUGUGGAAGAGGUCCAUCUACCACACUGGGUAGGCCUAGACAGAAACCACUUGAUGAGAGUUUCCACCAGCAUUUUAUGCAUCUACUUCCGGUUUGGAAACCCUGGUGACGUAGUGGUUAAGUGCUAUGGCUGCUAACCAAAAGGUUGGCAGUUUGAAUCCACCGCCAGGUGCUCUUUGGAAACUAUGGGGCAGUUCUACUCUGUCCUAAAGAGUUGCUAUGAGUCAGAAUUGACUCGACGGAAGUGGGUGGGUGACUUUUGGUUUGCUGUUGGGGAAGUGCCACUCCAGGCAUCAGUGACACUCCCAGUUUCAGAAACUAGACCCUCAACUUGACAUGUCAUUGAAGUAAAGUUUCAGAGCUUGGCAUUUUCAAAAAGCUUUUUAGAUACCCGAUUAGUGGCUGUCUAAAGGCAAGUAGCUACGUUGGCCCAAUAUGAGGAAGGAAUUUAAGGUAGGUGAGUAGGUGUGGGAGAAGCAAAGCAAAGGAGUGGAGGCAUGAAACAGCAGGUGUUAAGGAUGAUCACAGCUGAGAAGGCAUGAAGUGUGAGUAUCCGGUUGAACAAACAUUGUGUCUCACCUAGGGAGUGACAGAAGAUUCAGGUACUAGAGGUAAGAUGAGAUGCCUUCCGGCUAAAAGAACGUUGACAGCGCAUCCCUAGAAGAGCUGCAGUUGUGGAGUCUUGAGUCUUCUGCAGUCUGAAUACCACUAGUUUUUAAGUGACCACCUUACUGUUUUCCCCAAUGUAAAGAGUCCCACCUCCCUAAAAGUGAAAAACAGCUACUUUGUGGUCCAAGUAAGUCUAACGGGACUCUGGCGGGGAACGAGAUGGCUGACCUCACCGGUAAAGAGCAUAGUGCUAAAGUGACUAGGGCAUCCUGUGCCACUGCAGUUCUUAGCCCAUCCCCUACCUUAUGAUUAGAACUUUACAUCAGGCUGCCCUUGAUCCUCUUCAUUUGGGUUUCUUUGUUUUUCCAGGCUCAGCCUGCACAGCUUACAUGGUGGCCCUGUCCUAUUCCCAACGAGAUUCAGAUGUGAAAAUUAAACCAAACCCAGUGCUGUCAAGUUGAUCGCUACUCAUAGUGACCCUAUGGGACAGAGUAGAACGGCCCCAUAGGGUUCCAAAGGAGCAGCUGGUGGAUUUGAACUGCCAACCUUUUGCCCAGCAGCCCAGCUGUUAACCACUGUGCCACCAGGGCUUCAUAUGCAAGAGGUAGUGGGGAUUAAUAGGUUUCAAGAGAAAUUGAGGAAAAGGCAAGAGUCCAAGGCUGAUGACUGGAGAAACCUAGGGCUCACCAACGCAAUCUAAGUAUUACUGGAAACCACUGAGUGGACAUAAUUAUUUCACUGUGAAAAGGCAGCUGCUUAGGGAAGAACUCUGGGACCACUGUUCAUGGGGUUGGGGGGCGAAGUUGGCAUCAGAGGAGAAGAUCCCUAGAAUUUAUCAAAUCCUGUGAAUUCUUUACCGAAGCACUGUCCUCAUGUUACUGCCAGUCUCUGCCGUGAAAUCUUAAGCUCCAGGAGCAAAAACCAAACCCAUUGCCAAAAUGAGUCAAUUCCAACUCAUAAUGACCCUAAAGGACAGACCAGAACUGCCCCAUAGAGUUUCAAGGCUAUAAUCUUUAUGGAAGUAGACUGCCACAUCUAGCAGGGACCCUCUUAUUUUUUGUUACUCUGCAUUUCUGCUUCCUAGCCCAGUGCCACACCUUUGGUAAGUUUUCACUGACUGAAGAGCUUCCUGAAUGAUCCCUCCACACCACAUCUACAGUGACUGCCAACACCCCCUAGUCCCUCACGUGGUUGGUUCUUGCUUUAUGUCAACUGCUCACUAAAGACUAGAAUAAUGCCUAAUACUAUGUUUUUAGAGAAAUACUACCAAUCUAAUUUUCCUUAUGUAACUUUGGUGAUGCACUGCUGACCACAGGUAUGUGUGAUUUAACGACCACUGGGGCAACGUCUAACCCAUACACAUCAGUGGCCCCACAAGUUAAUCCGGAUCCAGAGAACAGGAUGCAGUGGAAAUACUUUGCUAAGUAGGGAGAUCGGAUCUGUCUCACUAGCUCUCUGGUCCCUCAUCAGCCCUAGCCCUGGGUUGGAGGGGGUCCCCGACAACCAUCAGUAUAGUUGCCUGUCCCAUCAUGCUCCCAAUACUUGCCUCAGGCAGAAACUCAGGAUGCUGCUGCAACCCCCUAGGGGAAUGCCCACUGAGGCAGCUGUCCCACUCCAACCGGGGUAGGUGGGCCUGGAAGAGUUUAAAGCCCGUUAGGGGAGAGUGGAAAGGCAGGCAGGGUGGAAGGAAGGGAAAAGCAGCAGCAGCAGCAUGAUGGAGCCCACAUGUACCCCAGCGCUUGGUCAGUUCCCAAGUGUGGCCCUGGAGAGCGGGUGGCGACCACACAGGACCUGCGGUGGUGGAGCCACAGUUUGUGAAGUCCCUUGGCAUGGUGGCAGCUCAGGUCCCAGGCCUGACCAGUGACCAUCCUGCAGGCCUUGCUACUAUGGUAUUGGCACAAGAUCCAAAUCACAGAACGUAUAGAGGAUGUUAAACGACGCAUACCUGUAUUCUCACAGCUCGUAAAAAACUUAUUGGCUGUGUAGAUAACAGAAACAAGGAACGAGAUCGUAGUAAAGAUAAAAUUACUCUGUAUAUUUAGAACCUGAUCACCAUUCUAAUGAUACUAGUAACUGAGAAGACAAGUUUUAAACUGCAUUAUUUCAGAACUUAUCACUGAUUCUGGAAAUUACAAGAGGCAGGGCACAGGAACUGAAGUCAAACAGACGAGUUCAAACUAUCAAUCCACCCUACUAGCUGAAUGUCUUGGGGCAAACUAUUACCUCAAAACCUGAGUUCCUCCAACUGUGAGAUGGGGCUAAUGGCUCUUAAGGAUGACAUGUGACGAUGUUGGUGCAGUGCUUCACACGGUGCCUAGCACAAAACCUACAGCGACCCUAUAGGACAGAGUAGAACUGCCCCAUAGAGUUUUCAGUGAGUGCCUGGUGGAUCUGAACUGCCGUGGCACUUAACCACUACACCACCAGGGUGCUGGAGAGUAGUUAGCUGCUAUUGUCAUGUUGAUACAUCAAAUUUCUUUCCACCACAGGCCAGUCAUUUUAAAUCUCUUACCCUUUAUCCUAUAAGGACAUUUUGACCUUGUUUCUAACCUCCUCCUGGCCCCUCAACCUUGGAUUGAUAAAUCUUGUCCUUUACUUCCUUGGCUCCUCUAAGUUAUCAUCUCUGAAUUAAAAAGAGCUGUGGACAAGAAAAAAAAAUGUAAAUAAUACUGAGAUAAUUUUCCCAUAUAAACGUCUACUGCGUAAAUAAUGGUCCUUUGGCUGCCCCUGUACCUACAAGCCAAGAACUGCCCCCACUCAGAGCUCUGAAUGAACAGGGUCAGAAUUUGACUCAGGAAGAUUAGGAUUUGAAGAAUCCACGUCUGAAUGACUCAAUUCUCCAGCUGGCUCAAAGGGCCGCAAGUUUGCGUAAGUCACCUCUUGGGCCAGCUGCUCCAGGGAAGGGCGGCCUAGGGCCAGAUUUCGCAGCGAGAUACAGGUCAUCAAGAAACUGAAAAAGAGGAAAAAGGCCACUCAGUUCAAAUGCCUGUUUCAACAUAGGAAUUCCUGUACCCGGGCACAUGAGCAUCUCCCCAGAGUGACCCUCCACCCCUUUGUAGAGGCUAGUGGAGGAUUCUGGGGUGGGGUAGGAAUGACCUGUAAGGAUACUGGUGUUAACCUAAGGCACAACAAGACAGCAGGCCAUCAGACACAGGCCGUUAAUUCUUUCAUUAAAUCAAGGAGAGGAGAAUGGGGAGGGGAAAGUGAGAGAUGUCUAGUGCUAAGCUGUCCUUUCCUGGGGGAGAGGCCCUAGUGUGCCCCUCACAAAGAAAACUUACCUAGCUUGCAAACAUUGGGUGACAAUGACGAGCACCUGGGAGUGAAGCUUACCUACGGCGGAAGAGGUACAGCUUUCGCAGCAGGAAGCGGUAGAAUCGCUCGUGGGAAGGGGUAUUUCGCCGGCGUUUGAUCUCCUGGAGCCUUUUCUGGCGUCUAAGAAAGGUCUGAACCAGAGGUGUUGGCUCUGGGCCCCCUUUAACAUCUCCCUCCAGUAGAGGCUGUAGCUCUGGAGGUAGAGGCCCUGUUUCUGAGCAGAAGACGGCAAAAAGGGGAAUCACUGAAAAAGGAAUGGCUCUCUCCCUUAGAACUCAACUCCCCUUCCACCAACUUCAAGUUCAUUCACCAGGGGCUAGAUCUUCACAACACCAACUUCUCGUAACCAAAGGCUGUCUCCACCUGAAUUCUCACAUACUCACCGCUCCCAUUCUCCACCUUUUCCUUCAGUUCUUGCAGAUGUGCCAGGUCUUGCUCCAGUGUGACCUCUGUGGUGUUGACGUAGAUGUACAUGUAGCAGGAAGGACUGAGGGACGUUGUGUACACCUUGUGGUACUCACCAGGUGGCAACUGAUCAGGGUGGAGAAACCGAUCUAUUUCAUUCUCUGACCUUUCCCAAGCUAGCCUGUGGGCUCCCCACUCUACUCUUCCCCGUAUCUUUCUUCUCAUGGUGUUUUCAAGGCUAAAGCACCUGACCUCUAAGAAGCCCUCGGGGCCCUUGCUUUUUGAGCCCACGCUGUAUUACUGCUGAAUCGGUAAUAAAUGACCACUGCUCACCUAAACUUCCCGCCCUCCUUUUGGCUCAAGGUGUGAAAGGUGUUUCCCGCUGACCUUUCUGCCAUUCUUAAUCCCAGCAAAAUACCUGCAUUUUUUCUCCCUCCCGAAGCGUCUGGUUCUUCUGUUCUGCCACCAGCUCCACGGUCACCUCCCCCUGCAGAAGCUGGAUGCUGGUGUUGCCCAGAUCUUCACUCACAAAAUUCUCCAGGUGCAGCCCUGCCAGGGGCAAUAGUGUUCACCAUCCCACCUCAGUGUAGAGGGAACUCACUCCCAAAACCAGAACAGACAUUACACCUACCCUACCACCCUCCUCAGGGUCCCCCCACCACAUGCAACAUCCCUGGCCAAGGAAGCCAGGACGAAAGAUAGCAAAGCCUCUCACUGCCCUCCAUACCAGGGAAGUCUGCAAUGAAGACCACCUCAGUGUGGUUGUCCAGGCUGCUCUUGAUCUCCUGAAACUUGGCUCUCCAGGGAGACAGAUCCAUCAAGAGCGGCUGCACCCAGGGCGUGCGCCGGAAGGGGGACCAUGCGGCCUGCACGAUGUCCACCCGAGGGUCAAAAAUCCUGAGAAAAGAAAACUACAUUCUAAGAAGGCCAUAGUUACCCACACACCAGGACUUCCAGCUUUGUUCCUUUCAUCACUGUUUCCAGGCAGAGACAGCCGGGUUUCCAGAUAGAAGAAAUCGCUUUAUGUCAGCACAUUAUUGCCAGUCCAGGGCAGAAAGAGAGAGGGAGGGAAAGAGACUUUGGAGCACUGGGAAGAACCAGGGUUAGUGGCUACCUAGAAGGCAUCUGUUACCGUUUCUAAAAGAACAAGGCAGUUAACUUUUCUCCUGGGUGAUGGUGCCCCCUGCUGGAAACAAUCAGCUAUGCCCACAACCAAAUCAACAAGGACAUGCACCAGAAGGACAGCCUCUCAAGCAGGACAACACUGGAGAACACGUGCCGUUCUCCCCCUUCUCUGCUCCCAUUGCCCACCUCUGCUGGAAGCGGUCAUUGAUGGAGACCCAAAUAUCAAAGUAGAUCUGGGGCUCAGUGACAUUGUACUUGGGAAGCAGGCGGCUCAGGCAAGUGGCAUACUGCUUCAGCAUGUCUGCGUGGUCCUUCCAUCGCCGGCUCUGUGUGAACACCUGCCCCAAACCCGCACAUUAGUCCCACCUUAUCGUUAUCAACCUCCCGGUCAAGCCAUUCACUGCCAGUGGUGCACAGAUCCCUUGCUUGCUGCCCACUUUGGUCAGAAGAAAAUGCAGCUUGCCUUUGGGAAUGAACGUUUCAUUGCUGGGAUAGUGGUACUUGCCCUUCCUAAGGCUUUUUUGUAAAUUGUAGUAAAAUAUACAUACCAUACAAUUUGGCACUUUAACCAUUUUUAAGUGUACAAUUCAGUAGCGUUGAUGACAUUCACAAUGUUGUGCAACCUUUACCACUAUUCUAAAACUUUUCAUCACCUCAAGCAGAAACCCUGUACUUAUUGAGCAGUAACUCCCAUUCUCCCCUACUCCCAGCCCCUAAAAAAAUAAAAAAAAACCUGUUGCUGUCGAGUCAAUUCCGACUCACAGCAACCCUAAAGGACAGAGUAUAGCUGCCCCAUAGGGUUUCCAAAGAGUGCUUGGUGGAUUCUAACCGCCAACCUUUUGGUUAGCAGCCACAGCUCUUAACCACUACACCACCAGGGUUCCCAGCCCCUGGUAACCUCUAACCUACUGUCUCCAUGUAUUUACCUGUUCUAGAUACUUCAUUUAAGUGAAAUCAUACGUUUGUCCUUUUCUGACCGACUUACCUCAUUCAGCUCAAUGUUUUCAAGGUUCAUCCAUGUUGCAGCAUGUAUCAGAAUCUCAUUCCUUUUUAUGGCUGAAUAGUAUUCCACUGUGGGUAUAGGGUUGCUAUGAGCCGGAAUCGACUUGAAGGCAAUGGGUUUUUUGAUUUUUGGUAUGGGAGCCCUAGUGGUGCAGUGGUUAAGAGUUCUGCUAUUAACCAAAAGGUCAGGAGUUCGAAUCCACCAGCCAUUCCUUGGAAACCCUAUGGGGUAGUUCCACUGUGACCCAUAGGGUCGCUACGAGUCAGAAUUGACUUGACAGCAAAGGGUUGGGUUUGGCUUGGUAUGGAUAUACACUUUUUGUGCAUCCACGCAUCUGGUGAUUUUCACUUGGGUUGUUUCCACCUUUCGCCUGUUGAGGAUAAUGCUAUUACCUUUCCUAAAUCUUAAAGGGAGAAUAUCAAUUCGAGAAAGUGAGUGACGUUGCCCUAUCUUAACCCACACAAAAGAAAGUUCAUCCUGGCUGUGAGACAGAGCAGAACAGAACUAAAUUUGUUUUACUCUGUGGUUCGUGUAGGACCAAACCAGACCCACAGCUCAAGGGGGCUCUGAGAACAGCACAUUGUCAGCGUCAGACGUCUCACCCCAGGGUUAAGGUAGCCCAACUCGCCGGUGCGGCCAUCACGGUAGGUGAUCUUCACAUGCUGGUGAGAGCGGGAGUGCACCAUCAUGUCCCAGGAAUAGCCGUAAAGCCCAUUAGUCCAGUUGUUAUAGCCCUGGGAAGGCAGGGCAGGGGGAAUCAGCUCAGACAACAAGGAUUCUCACACUAACUCCAUCCUCUACCAACACAGGGCUACAAAACCAGCUCCAUUCUCUCCCUGCGUAGUUACCCCCGCCACAUAGCAAGCCCAGCCUCCGCCGCACAGCCCCAGCCCACACAUACCUGGGUGAGGAAAUGGGAAUAGGGCAGGAAGAGCUGCUCCAGGAGGUACAGGAGGGUGAAGGCAGCUCCGAGGUGGUGGCGCAGGCCUGGCUUCUGACUACCCUUGGCCCGGCCCCUCUUAUACACACAGGAGGCGCUGGGCUGAGGGGCAGCCUGGAGGGGCAGCAGUUCUCGCAGCCUUUUGGGACAGUGGGAUACCAGCUUCCGCGGCCACUCAGGGGAGCAGAAGAGAGGGCUGCUGGCCAGCAUGACGUAAGAGAACAUACCUAGGAAAGUGGAGAGAAAACAAGCACUUCAGGAGUCCAGGUGGACGGAACAAGGGUAACUCCUUCAGCCCCCUUCCUUUGGGAAGCCUCUGCCAGGUGUUCCACUUACAAUGAAAGUUCUGAACUGUAAGAUCCUUGUACUUCCCAGAGAUUCCUUACACAACAUACUGUAUAGUCCAGAAGCCUCAAUCCUCUCAUCCCAAUUUAGUCAUAUCUCAAAGUGACUGCAUUUGGCUCCAGUCAGCUCCUGCGCCAGCACAUCUCCCACACCCAAAUAAUGCCUCUGGCUAGGCUCUUGCUACAGACCUGUGGUUCCUGCUUCCCACCUGAUCUCAGGUACGGACCUAUGCUGAAGAGCUGGGAAUUCAUGCAGUGGAAGUAGGACACGAAGAGAAGGCCAAUGGGUCUCGAGGCAUCAAAGAAGAGCAUGAAGCCGGCUGAGAGGUCCAGCAGCAGCCCACACCAGUGCACCACCAGUAGGCUGGUCAUCUCCUCGGACAACACUAGUCUGCAGACGCCAGGGACAAAGGUUAGGCACCAGCCCACCAGAGAACUCAGCAUUCGCAGCACACUCACAGCACAGUGUACCUCUGCUACCCUGGCCUUGCCAAAGGAUCCACCCCAGUGGGCAGGUAGAAAAACUCCUAAGGUAUCUAAUUCACCUACAGUACUUUUCAAACCCCAUUCAUUUUCACAUACUAGGUGUCAAAUUUUUCCAGCAUGCCCCAUGCAGUAAUCAAGGGCAGAUCUUUGAGGACAAAAUGUGACUGAGAAGUGCGUGUGUCGCAGGGGGUAGGUUCCUCAUGGAGACCAUGAAUGAAGACACACUUUACAAGGUGACUGCCUGGCGAACAUAAUAUGAAGGAACUGGGAAAUAUCAGGAAAAAGAACAAUGUAGAACAAGAUGGGGAAGGGAGUGGACAGACAGGAGAGGUAAGCCUCUGCUGUGGGAAGAGCUGUCAACGACGGUUCUGUCAGAGCAGAGCACCGACUCUGCCAUUUUCUCAGCUCAUCAGCUGAGGAACCCUGAUGAGGGGCUAUGUCCAAGGACAGAGACACCACCCGAGGCAACUGCUGGGGGCCCUGACUCAUUCACCAAGUCACCUAGUGUGGCUCUUUCCUUUUUUACUUUCCUGCCAGUAUCACAGGUCACCCAGCAGCAGCUAGGACUCUGCCUUCUGCUGAAUAUGGAGGUGAGGAGCGGACAGAGGAAAGAACGUGGCGAAUUCAGACAAAGUAGCACAGCAGCCAUUCCUGCAGACCACAGGGAAACAAGUCACCUGGUCUGUUCCCGUGCCUCAGUGAGCCUCUGCCCUAACUGACACUCACUUGAAGGGACUGAAGAGCCAGUGCCGGGAUAGGGAGUCCAUGGAAUAGCCUUCAACCCAGUCUGCAUCCAGCUUUUUCACGCCCGCAAUGAAGUACACAAUGAAGAUCUGCAAACACAAAAUGCCACACAAAUGUUCAAACAAACAAAAAAGAACCUCGUGUUCUACAGGCAGUCAAGAGUAAAGCGGGUUCUGACCUCUGUCCAGGGCCCAAGGAAGAGGAGAUCCGUUCCUUUGUUCAUUCAUCUCAGAUACACACCCAUCCAACAACCAUGCACUGACAUCCUGCCAAUGCCAGGCCCGGUAUGGCACCAGAGCAAAAGCUAAGAACUACAAAUGGGGUCCUUUCUCUCACAAGAGCUCUAAUUUUAGCAGGGACAGAGCUGCAGCCUUUCCAUGACAAGGUGAGAGAACUCAGAGAUUAGGUCACUGGGAAAAAUGGGAAAGCCUAGCUUUCCAACAAAACAGCAAAGAGAAGAUCAGGGACGCAGAGAAGAGUGCUGUCUGGCAACACGACGGCCAUGCUGACGUGAUGGGUCUCAAGAAGCACCACCCUCUUCACACGGCGCUGUACCUGGCCACGCAGCACUGCAUAGUUCCAAAGGGGCACCUGGGCAUUCCUCUUCCGGGCACUCAGCAGACCAUCCACAGACCUACACCAAGGGAAGAAAGGAGCUUCUCAGUCUAGUCGCACUUCUAUACUUCCUUUGAAAUGUGGUAAUCCUAUCUAUCCCUGGAACAUUCAAACCCUCCCUGGUUCUCUGAGCUAUUCUGAGGCUCUUUAGAAUUAUAUGAGCAAAUCGUAACAGUGAUUACUAUACAUUGUAAGAGAAACAAUACCAGUAAGUUUUAACAAGAAGUUCAAAGUUUAGCGUUAGCUUGCAAAUGAGUUUGUCCUAAUGAAUCAAAUCCGGAAAAAGACUACAAUGUUAGAAGAUGAGUGAAGAAAGAACAAAUUUAAGGGAGUGUUUGAAAAGCUAAAGAUGUGUAUAAAUAUACAUAGGGUACGUUAUUUAAAAAAAAAAUUUUUUUUCAAAGCACUCAACAGCAGAAAAUGACAUUUCAUAGACCUGCAUGCCAGGAUCCGGUACCAGAGGACACCUGCUAACAACUUAUCCUGGGAAAGAACUGAUAAACCCAGGCUAUGGAGACCAGGUAUACUCUGGGGAAGCCAAAGCAAAGCAGGUUUUCUAGAAGACAAUGAGCAAGCAGAGCAGUCGGCCAAGGGGGCGGCUCACACUUGUGGUCAAGUACUAGGCUUUGCAUCAAGGAGACCUGGGUUCUCACUUCUGCCUCUUACCUGCUGUGUCACCUUAGGCAAAUCCUUUACUUCUCUGAGCCUUAGUUUACCUAUAACAUGGGAACAGCACUGUGGACCUCACUGAGUUGUACUGAGGAAAAACUGUAAAGUGUUUAGUACAGUGCCUGGCACAUAGAAAGCCCUCAGUGAAUGAUAGGUAUUUUUUCCCAAUUGUGAAAAUCACAAAAAUGGAACUUUUCAGAGAUAUUCUGUCAAACUGCCUCUUAAUCCUCUGUGAUCAGAGCUGGCCAUUCUGAAUGAGUUUCAAAGUUCACAAAAGAGGUAUUCGUAUGGACAUAUUAAUGAGCAGGAGCCCUGGUGACGAAGUGUUAAGCUAACUGAAAGGUACGCGGUUGGAAUCCACCAGCCACUUUGGGAGAGAAGGAUGUGGCCGUUUGUAAAGAUCACAGCCUUGGAAACCCUAGGGGGCAGUUCUACUCUGACCUACAGUGUCACUAUGAGUCAGAAUCAACUCAAUGGCAAUGGCCUUGGUUUUUUUUGGGAGAGGUAUUAAUGAGCAAAACUUAAUUAAGACAUAACUCUCCAGCAAAUUCAAUGUUUGAGAUUUUUUUCCUGCGCCAUCUUACUGACACCUCAUAUUUGCUGUUCAUUUGUUUUUUUAUCUCAGACAUUUUUACUGUGCCCUUUCCAGCCAUUCCUUCCCCUGCCUCGCAUCUGCUUUUCAUUUAUCAGUGGGCAGAAUCUUAAAGAUCAUCUGACCUGCCACCCUGCCUCCACAUCCCUUCAUCACCUCCCCUUGGAGAUGGUCAUCUAAGCCAGAGACACAGGGUUACCUCCUCCCGGGGCAGCAGCUCUGGUGGGCCCCUCCCUCUCUUGUCAUCUCUGCCUCUCAGCAACUUCUAUUCUUGGUUCUAACUCUACCCUUCUGGGCUCACAGGGAAAGUCAGCUCCCUCUGCCACAUGCCCACCCUUGAAGUAUCUGAAAACAGCUAUAUCUGGCUUCAGUCUUCUCUUCCUCUCUCUAAGAGGGUGACAGGAAGUGGAUAGAUCAAGAUACCUGGGGAGAUAUGGAAAGAGUAAAGGGGUGGGAAUGAAGCCAUUUUGCUUUUUGUCAUUCCAAGUGUCUCAACCUGGCUGUCCCCUUUUCCCUCCCAAAUCCAGCCAAAUUAAAGUGUGACCUUGUAACCAUGGUUGAAGAUAUGCUUGCUGGACAAACACAAGGGCCUCACUGGGUCCCUAUCUCUGGUAACCAUCCUGACCCAGCCGACCCUCCAUUCUGUGUCCCCAGACUCAUCAUACCAGUAACGGUUGGCAUCCAUGAAUGUCAGCUGAAAAGCCAACAGGCCAUACAGAUAGGAGUGGUUGUUCCACGACGUCUUGUCCAGGAGAAACACAUACCAGUACGGCAGCAGGAACAACAUACAGCUUAGCCGAUAACACAGGCCCAGCAUCAUGCCCAGUGCCCCUGGGGUUUGUGGGAGACAGAAUUAAGAGGUCAAGGGGUCACCACAGGCCCAGCUCCCCCGGAACAUGCUGUGGGUGGAAUUAAGAAAAGUCACCAGGCAUUUAUUAUCAGCUAAUACUAAAUGAAAAUUAAAUGUUAUUUUAGAAAGAAGAGUUAUGGGGUCACAGCUCAAACAACACACAGCACUGUGAGACACAGCAGAUGAAGAGAAAGAAAUAGUCUGACACCUUGGUCAUUCACCAGCAUGCUUUGUAUUUCUGUGUUUAGGCAAAUCAGUCAGGAUUCCCUUCUCUCCCACAGUUCCCCUCACCCAGAAACAUGAUGGUGUAGACCAGAUACAUCCAGUCAAGUGGCAGCGGGCGCAGGGCAUCCAGCAAGGGGAAGCGGCACACCUCCAGCCCAUCCAGGUAUCUGUGGUCCAGAGAGCUGAGCCCUCGCUCCUGGGGAAUGUCCAGCACCAUCAACAGCCCUAAG